AUGAAGAAUGACGACAACAACAACAACAACAUGGAUUGCUCGGUAUCGUCCCGUACGGCGGCACUCGCUCACAUCCUCCCGUACCAAGCCUCGCACGUCGCCGACUACGUCAACGCUCAAACGGCCUGGCACGACGCCGUCACACAAACCCACCGACCCACGGAUCCGGUACCGACCUCCGCGACGUACUACACCGUGGUGGAAGCCUUACACGACGCACUCGUCCGGGUCCAGCACGAUGUGCAGGAAUUGCAACGCGUCUACGCGACCUUCACCGACGACGACGACACGGCGUCCACCACUACCACCAUGCCGUCGUCGCGUCGGCGACGGGAGGACGGGAACGCCAAAGAGUUACUCCGGACGCAUUUGGACCGGACCGUGCGGGUACUACAAAGUAUUGACGGGGGAGUGGCCUUGGGACAUCACCGACACGGGAUACCGGCCAUUACUCCACGGAAUUCGCGGGAUGGAGCCCUCGUCGCCGUGGCCACGCUAAGGGCGUCCGUGGCGGCCUUGCCCGGGGAAUGGCGCGAGGCCCCUCCUGCCUCGGUGUAG